AUGCUGGCAUACGAAAUAGCAACCAAAUCGUUUCCUGAUAGAUCCUACACGGGAGUAUUGGAGUGUGCCAGGGUGAUAGCUUUGCAUUCAGCGAAAAGCAGUUCUAACAGAGCUGCGUUACAGAAUAUGAAGCAGAAACCACAGGAAAACGUGGAAGAAUAUACCCGCAGAACGGACGUGGCAGAAAGAAUACUUGCAUUGCCCUCUAGAAAACAAUGCUUAAAAGCUGUAGCUGAACAAGAAAAACAGGCGGAAAGUAUAGCUCGAUUGAGGAGAACAGAAGAGAAGCAACCAUGGAGAAAAAGAUUACAGGUAGCAGCUUUGUUGGCCGAUAACAAAAAGAAUGACUCAAAGAACCUGGUAAAAUGCUACAACUGUGACAAAGAAGAACAUUGGUCUAAUGAAUGUGGAAAGCCCCCGGUACAAUGCUUAACCUGUGGGAGGAAAAGAUAUUUGGCGAAAUACUGUAAAAGAAAUAAGAAGAUAGGGAGUGGACGGAACACCAGAUACACCACCCAACUAGUCACGUCAUUAUCAGUUGAAUUAAUACUUCUAAUGACACCAAUGUUUAGUAAAACUAAGCCGCUAGAAGAGAGACUUACAGUGGUAGCAAAGAAGCUAUCACAAAGUUUAUUAGGAAUAGUAGACGAAAAGAAAGAGGAGCGGAGAACAGAAGUACCUCCAGCGAUUGAAAGCACAGGAAGAACUUUACAGGAAGAAUUCUUUUCCCCUAUUCAAGAGGAUACUCCUAAAAGUACUAAUAUAGAAACCAUAAAACCAAGCGACAUAAUAGUAAGAAGGAAGGACCUACCUACGCAAUUGACGCCAGAAUACACAACGAAGAAACCAGUUCCGACUCAAGAUGAAGACGGAUUGAUACAUGCGGUAGCAACCUUGUUGAAAAUAUCCGAUGACCUCACAAAAGUAGACACAUCAAUAAUAUUAAAGGUAAUAAAAGGAAUAAUCCGUAGUGCAGAAGAGAUAAAUGGAACGUUUCCAACGCAUUUAGCUGCUAAAGUGGCAGGACGAAUAUCUCAAGUAGUGAGAAGGAGACCAAAUCAGUUAGAGGUUAGGAAUGAACUUGAAAUGGUGCCAGUAGAACGGCAUACGCAAACCCAUAUAAAGCAAAAGAUUAUCCAUUUCAAGAAUAGAAUGCGGGGACAGAGUUGGAAGAAAUUGAAGGAAGGAAAGAAUGCCACUAAAGAAAGUGAUUUAGAAUUAACCCUUCUGCAGACACGAAUGGAGAAAGCGAAUUAA